CCACAACGCGGAAGCGGCGAAGGGGGAGCGGAAGGCAAGUUUGAGCAGUUGCGUGGAGUCGCCUCAGAAGCGGGGCUGAGGCGGCCGCGAAGAAGACCUGGGGCCCGCCAACCCUCCGUCCGUCCUCCCUUGCUUGCUCCACCCCCCCAUCCCGGGGAACCUGCCAUGAAUGUGGACGUGGAGUUCCACAUUCGCCACAACUACCCCUGGGCCCGUCUCCCCGCCAGCGUUAAGCAGAGUCUUGGAAACUCACAACGAGACUAUGAAAAGCAGGUUAUACUGUACAGUAUCCGCAAUCAACUUCGGUACCGAAAUAACUUAGUUAAGCACAUCAAGAAAGAUGAACGCAAAUACUAUGAGGAUCUGUUAAAAUACAGCAGAGAUCAUCUUAUCCUGUACCCCUACCAUUUGUCUGACAUCAUGGUGAAGGGUUUGAGGAUAACACCUUUUUCAUAUUACACAGGAAUAAUGGAGGACAUAAUGAACAGUGAAAAAAGUUAUGAUUCAUUGCCUAAUUUUACUGCUGCAGACUGUUUAAGACUUCUUGGCAUAGGAAGAAACCAGUAUAUUGAUCUGAUGAACCAAUGUAGGUCAUCAAAAAAAUUUUUUAGAAGGAAAACUGCCCGUGACCUGCUACCCAUGAAACCAGUAGAAAUUGCCAUUGAAGCUUGGUGGGUAGUACAAGCCGGUUACAUCACAGAGGACGACAUUAAGAUAUGCACACCCUGUGAAAAAACUGCAAUUGAUAAAAUCAUUGAUUCAGGUCCUCAGCUUGCUGGAGUCCUAGACUACAAUGUUGUUCACAGCUUAUAUAAUAAGGGGUUUAUCUACCUUGAUGUACCAAUAUCCGAUGACAGUUGCAUAGCAGUGCCGCCACUGGAAGGGUUUGUCAUGAACAGAGUUCAGGGAGAUUAUUUUGAAACGCUGCUGUACAAGAUAUUUGUUUCCAUAGAUGAACACACAAAUGUCGCAGAGCUAGCAAAUGUCCUUGAGAUUGAUUUGUCGCUUGUGAAGAAUGCUGUUUCCAUGUAUUGCCGGCUAGGGUUUGCCCAUAAAAAGGGUCAAGUAAUAAACCUGGAUAAUCUUCAUUCAUCAUGGCGGAACGUUCCCUCCAUAAACAGGCUAAA